AUGCGUAAGCCUAAGCCUAAGCCUAAGACUACACUUAAGGCUAAGCGUAAGGUUAAGCCUAAGCCUAAGCCUAGGCGUAAGACUAAGCGUAAGCCUAAGACUAAGCCUAGGCCUAAGCCUAAGCCUAAGCCUAGGCGUAAGACUAAGCCCAAGCCUAAGACUAAGCUGAAGCCUAAGCGUAGGGUUAAGCUUAAUCCUAAGCGUAAGCCUAAGCUAAGGCGUAAGACUAAGCCUAAGCCUCAGCGUAAGCCUAGGCUUAAGCCUAAGCCUAAGAGUAAGCCUCAGCCUAAGCCUAAGCCUAGGCUUAACCCUAAGAAUACGCCUAAGCCUAGGCUUAACAAUAAGAAUAAGGUUAACUCUAACCCGAAGCUUAAACCUGAGUCUAAGCCUAAGCCUAAGCCUAAGGAUAAGACUAGACUUAAGCCUAAGCCUAAGCCUAAGCCUAAUCCUAUGCCUAAGAUUAUGCCUGAGCCUCAGCCUAGGCUUAAGCCUAAGAGUAAGCCUAAGCCUAACCCUAGGCUUAAGCCUAAGCCUAACCCUAACAGUAAACCUAGACUUUAG